GAAGCCGGCCGACUGCCCGACUACUUCACGUUCACUAUUGAGUUUCGCAAACGCGUUUCUCUCUAGGCAAGGUGGGUGAAUUCCUCGCGUCACCGGAGAAUAGUCUAGCGGAGCGUGUUUACGGUGCGGAAGAGAAUGAACGACUCCGCCGUCGAGAAGCUGUAGAGGCGUCCAGACAUACGUGUGCCGAGCUGCAGAGAGGGUUUCGAAAUACGCCGUCCGGACGUUUGAAGAUUGGAUCUUGGAAUCCAGACAGGAUGAUCACGGUGCGAUGGAAGGAAGUGCCCAUGAAAGCGCACUAUUUCUUCUAUUAUUCCGCACUUUCAGGAUUUCUUCCCUUUAUCGGCGUUCUGGCUAAGGACAAGGGCGUGUCAGCAGCCGAAGUAGGACUCAUCUACACGAUUGCCCCGUUCUUCUCAGCUGCUUCCAAGCCCAUCUUCGGAGCCAUGGUGGACCACACGCGUAAAAUGAAAACCGUCUUGCUCGCCUUCGUCAUCGUUGUCACUCUUUCGUUUGGUGUUAUCAACUUCAUCCCUGUCAUAUCUAAGCAUGUAUUACCACUAGUCACGGAACAGAACGCCCAAGUGGACAUCAUUCCUUCGUUGAGGAACCAACGUCAAGUGGCAUUGACCGUGCCAAAUAUGACAAUCCAAACUUUCACAACAUGCGAUGCCACUUGUUUAUGCAGUUCCGAGGCGUCAUCGCGCUUGUGUUCGGUGUCGCAGCGUCUCACUGUGUUCGAUGAAGAGAACCGUACCUUCCUUCUGCCCGUGACUUCUGAUCCACAAGAUAUUUUGUCAUGCAACGUCUCCUGUACAGAGCCCAGUGAACAAGGCUCCAACAGUUCUUCACUGACGUCCACCUACUUUUGGAUUUUUUUCGUUUUCAUCACGGUGAACUAUGCCGCAAUUGGAUGUGCUAAUUCCUUAACCGACGCAUCGUGUUUCGAUCUGCUCGAAUGUGAAGGUGCCGACGCGAAAGACAGAUUCGGUUUGCAUCGCCUGUGGGGAACUGUUGGUUGGGGAAUAUUUACGCCUGUGAGUGGGUACAUGAUUGAUUGGCUGAAUUAUGGCUCGGGAGGUGCUGUGGACUACUCUGCAGGUUUUUACCUCUGCGCUGCAUUGAUGGCAAUAGAUGUUGCGUGUAUCUGGAUCUGUGAUAUUAAGAAGACGAGAACGUCGCAGAAAAUCGUUAAGGACGUUACGAAGAUGCUCCUUCAUAACAGAAAAGUUGUUGUCCUCCUAUUAGAUGCGACAAUGGGGGGAAUCUUUGUUGGCAUUGUAUGGCAAUACCAUUUUUGGUAUCUGAAGCAUCUCGGAGCAUCGCAGGGUGUUAUGGGCGCCACCGUAGCAGUGCGGAGCUUUGGUGAGUUGCCAAUAUUCUUCUGUGCUGGAUGGCUGAUCAGAAAGACGGGACACGUCGUGGUGUUGCGUGCCGCGCUUCUGUCUAUGGCGGUCACAUUCGGGCUCUACUCCAUAAUCGUGGAUCCUUGGGUGACGCUGCCGGUAGAGUUGUUGCUCGGCCUGGCCCUCGGGGCCUUCUUUACUGCAAUGCCUUCUUACGCAGAAGAUGUGGCUCCGCCUGGUACAGAGGCCACAACGUUGGGUUUAGUGACGGGAUUCUUCGAAGGAAUCGGCACAGCACUAGGUGGCAUGGUCGGUGGAGCUGGAUUCGAGUGGUUCGGCAGUCGAGCCACGUUUCAAGUUGUCGGGAUGGCAGGUUUUCUCUGGUGUCUCAUGGUACACUUAUUUCAAGAGAUUCGUCGCCGCAUUCCUUGUGGAAAUGCAGAACGGCAUGCUACCAAAGCUGCGCAGCCUCUGGAAACUACAGAACCGGCCACCAUCGUGCAGUACACAGCUGUUAGUUCAUCAGACAUGACGUGAACGUCCACGUCCAUGAGCAGGACUACUUCUUGCUAGGAUUCUCCUGUCCGUGCUGCUGUGCUGUGCUGAGUGACAUUAUUACAGAAAACAAGCGAGUAGCCGAAGAAACGCCAUUGGACAUCACGAGGCCCACUACAUCAUAAGAGCCAGAAAUGCAGAGGCCGAGCUCCAAACGAAAACAUAGACCUCUAAUGCAAAUAAAUAAAGACUUCAGGGUUAUCUACGUUCAUACAGGAACUAAGUGAUGUUCAGAAAAUUCACUUAGAGUGAAAGGCGUAUACCUGACAUUCCGAUUUCUUACCAAAUAACCGGCUGAAAAUAAAGAAGAACAUGUAGUAGACACGGUGAAGACAGAAGUGUGACAUGAUUUUAGCGAACGCGACAUGGCAUGAAGACGCUGAACACGUCAUUCAAGACUGCGCUAAAUACCGUAACCAUCGCGGUAUCUUCGAAUCGUCGCUUGCACACCUGGGUAAAGUCCUUUUAUCCCCGAAAAAGUUAUUGGGCGCUGGCCUGUGGGUCAUCAAGUGCCGGCCAUGCACGCAACUGUAUAAUUUUUGACAUCAUGUGACCUUCUCGACACGCAGUGAAGUGUUUGUGUGUCUUGCAUACUGUCCUAAAGGCAGGGUACAUUGUGCAGUGUGCGUCGUGGGCAAUUGCUGUAUUUCAUCUACGGACUUUCGAACUAUGGUCCCGUUAACUGGACUCACUCAUUAGUUAGCCCCUGUUUCUUCUCUGUUAUGUCUCGUCGAUAUCUUGGAUUGCAUUUGCGUUUCUUUUUUCGUUAGUUUUAGGCGUUGUUCUUCUACUUUCUGUCCUACGUGUCCUGGAGUCACAGGUCCGUUCCUCACUAGAAUACUGAGAUUGGGGAGAAAUCCAGGCAAGACAAGAUACCGCAAAAGAGGGACCUUGUCGUCUGCAUUUCUCCCCAAUCUCCGAUUUGUUGUAAUAGAUUACCGUGGCCAUACAGCUCGACUGCUUCCUCACCAUUUCAUCUUCAGAUUUUUCGUUUUCUUUUUCAGUCGAUCAGAAAUGCCAUAACACCUGUUGUGAUUGUGUGUGUGCGUGCGUGCCCCUGCGCAUUGAUUACUAUUGCAACAACUUCAUGACAACUAUAUAUAUACUAUAUGAUUGAGGUGUUUCCUCGCCACAGAUGAUGGUGCUGUGCUCGCAGCAACUUGGUAAAAAUAUAAUGAUGAGCGUUACAGUGAGGACCGAAGCCCCGCAUUGUCCGGAAAGGUUCGGAGUGCUCUUAGGGCAGACCGUUGAUGGGCUGGAUUUGACCAUGGACCAAGCCAUUCUGUCAUCAGCUGGCUUAAUAGCUAAGAUGACUGCUAUUCCAUUUUCUGCUGUACUAAGUGAUUCAAGGAUCGCGCAACACAAGCCUAUGGCAGUAAUAUCAACAAAAAAAAAGAGAGAGAGAGAGAGAAGAGACUGCUUGAAGAGAGUAACUGUACCUCGAGAUGGUUCUCGGUUUAUUUCCAGAAUUCUUGACGUGUGAUUAUACUGGGAAGCCAACCUCAAAAACGGAAGCUACAAGGUGCACCAUAAAAAAUCAAUGUAUAGAGUUUCAAGUAUACCUUUCAAAUAGUUGUGCACAAGAAUGAAAUCUAAAAUAAAAUAAAAACACGCACAAGCCACCGCAAGCUUUAUUCAGUGACCCCUAGUGCGACAGGGAGGGCAGCGCCUUCUUACCAAGAACUUCCAUUUGGACCGAUGACCACCAGCUAUACUUUGCUCUUUUGUAUCGGAGACCUUGUGCCGAUACUUGCCUGUAGAAAUCUAUGCGAAGUAGCUGACGUUCCAGAGACGCUGCUGAAGGCGAGACCUGAGUGUGAUAGAAGCGGAGCGGGAGCGAGGGCUAAUGAGGUUCCAGUGAGCGUCCGGACGAACAGUCCGUGGCGGAUCCAAAAGGGGGAGGGGCGAUCGGCCCACCAAAACGUCAGAUUAUACAUUAAAUUUCCCUGUCUCCCCUCCCCCACCAUGCGCUCCGACAAAGAAGCCGCCCUCCUCAACCGAUGGCCUGGAUCUGCCCCUGCGGACAGUCCAGUACCAACAGUCCAGUGAACGUACUUGGAGUGCCAAGCGCUCAGGUGUCUCAGUACUUGUACUUUACUUGUACUUGUAGCUUUCAUGCAAUAAACCAAGAAA